AUGGAUGUUACGAAUCUUGCAAUUAGUAUCGCGGCUCUCUACACGACGUGUCGCGACAGUUAUAGUUUCUUCACCGCUGUGACAAAAGCGGAGACAGAAUCUUCAGCCCACCUACGGGAACUAGAAAUUCAGCAGUCCAUUCUCAAAGCUUGGGGAUUCCAUUGGCAGAUUCAAAGUGAAAGCGGCAGCGAGCCAGAGCACUCCAAUCACGCCAAGCGAAAAGAGACCAAACUUUACAAAUACCUUUUGAGCAAUCGAUUCAAAGCCGAAGGCGUCUUUAGCACUCUUUCUGCUCUCGCUGAUACACUGUCCGACCAGGAGAAACUCACCAGGCGCUAUGGUAUCCAGCUUCACCCAGCUCAGGCCAUCCAAGAUGGACAGGAGUUGGCCAAUAAUGUUCAGCUGGUCAUCCAGAAGGCUAAGAUUGAGGAUGUCGAGCCGGUGAUCAGUGAAAUCAAGAGUCGCCUCUCCAUACUUAACAAGUUCAAAUGGGCCUUGAAAGACAAGGACAACUUCAAGAAACUUAUCGCCGAGUUGAGAUCUCAUAGCGACUCGCUCUACCGCCUUUGUCCUGAAAAUGCAUUCGAAUCGAUGAAUAUAUAUUUCACCAUGGAAUGCUUGGCCAAUCAGGAGUCGCCAGUAGGUCUGAAGUGGACUUCAAGGCUCGCAACAGAGCAAGCAGAAGUCGAUGGAAAGUCUUCAGUGCUGGAAGGCUACAAAUUGCUAGCUUCCACAGCCACUUUGAAAGCAUCGGUGAAUGAAAACAGAAAUAGAAAGGAAGCGAACGACAUAGCUCUUACCAGCAUUGACGAAGAGCAACACCAAAUGCAGUAUUUAGGAAAGGGCCUCGCUCUUUUUGAAGAGCAAGUCGUUUACGUAGAAAUGAGAGACUACCGCGGGCCGCCACGAGAACUCACUACAAAACAAAAAGAGCAAGUGAAGCAGCAAAACGAAGAGUACCUGAAGCGACUGAAGGCAAAGAUAGAUAUAAAUAUGCUCUAUUCCGGUAAGAUCAGCAGAGAGCAGAUUGACAAAUAUAACAGCAUCAUCGACUCCGAAGAAGAUGACGAACCAAUCGAGAUUAUCAGACCAGACGAUCCCGAGCUUCGCGACCUUAUCAGGAACUUUUUCAACACCUUUCACGGUGCUAACAUGAUGGGAAACGUCUAUGGUUUGGAUAUCGCUGGUAUGAUCGACCACAAAGCUGGCGAGCACAAAGGUCAUUGCAGCAUUCUCUACAGGUUACCCGGCACAAUCGGCGUUCAGAGCCGUGAUCGGCCUGCGGAGAACCUGAAGCUUCGCGCACCUGUGACGCUGCAAUCGCUCCUUGGAGUCAAGCAAAAACAAGGCAUCCGAUCCAUGCUCGGUGCACGUUUCGAGCUUGCUAGAAAGCUUGUCCGUGCGGUUUGUCUGCUUCACUCCAGUGGCUGGCUACACAAGAAUAUACGCGCAGAAUCAGUCAUUUUCUUUCCCGAACAUGUGAGUGCACUGCAGGAGGACCGAUACGAGGUUAAGAUCGAGAUCAAUGUCUCAAAGCCUGUUUUGAUGGGCUACAUCUUCUCACGGCCAGACGAUAUCAUCACACAAAUUAACGCACCAACUGUCGAAGAUAACAUCAGAGACGACACCAAAGAUGACAACAUAAAUAAAAUCAGAGGUUUUCUCAAAGAUUCUAUCAAAAAUUCUAUCAAAGAUGAUAUCAAAGAUGAUAUCAAAGAUGAUGUCAAAAUUGAAAUCGAAAAUGAAAUCAAUGAGGAUAGCGAAGAUGAUAUGAGGCCGAAACCGCCAAUGAAGCUAAAACCAUCCGGAAAAUUGGUGGAGGCUAGCUCGAUAAAGUGGAUACACAGAAAGGAGAUUUCUCGCUUUGGUAGCAUAUAUGGUCGCAAUAUGCUUGAAAGGAAAGCCGUGGCCGAGCGUACGAGCAAGAUAAAUAUCAUUGGCUUUACGCUUGACUGUUAUCAGCAUCCUGCGAAGCAUGCGGAUCCACAGCGCCAGUAUCGUCACGCAUAUGAUGUGUACUCUCUCGGUAUUCUUCUACUUGAAGUCGGGCUAUGGGAAAAACUGAGGGACUGCGAGAUUGAAGAAGAGGAUCAUUAUGAGCGAAGACGAUGGAUUUGUCGAGAGUAUCUUGAUCGCCUGAGAUGGGCAUGCGGAGACACUUAUGCGGAUGCUGUGCUUAGCUGUCUCAUGAUUGAGAGCAGUGAUGACGAAAUAGCGAAGGCGAGUGAGAGGGAGCUUUGUGCUAGAAUUAUGGCAGACUUGGAGGGCUGCCAGGCUUAG